AUGGCAAAAAGCACCUGCUCUCUGUCAUCACGGAGGUCGGCUGAGUGCUCUACUCACACCUACUCUCACACAGGUCCUUCCGGGAAAGACGUAUUUGGCUGUGUUGCAUUUCCACCUGGCGUUGGAAAGACCAUGGCGUUUGAUGACUCCAGCUCUCCAAAAAUGGCAGAUUCUCUGAAAGAGAGUGCUCUUUCACAGGUUCGAGUUCUUGGCGACGACAUUGUGUGGAUCAAAUGUGGAUCGGAUAAAGUGAUGUACGGUCUAGCGCCAGAAAAUGGAAUUUUUGGCUGUCCCAAACAAUGCGACUCCAGAGAAUGCAGCCAAUGUCCUCAA